AUGUCAAACGGUACACCAAGGAAUGGUGAUCUGCAGUCUACUAAUGGCAAUCAAUACAGUUACAAUGAGAUGUCGAAUAAAAUCAUACGAGGAUCAAGAAGAUAUAAUGAUGAUAAUGUAAAUUCAAAUCCUACUUCUAUAGCAGGUCAUAUAUCAAUUAAAGAUAUGGGAAGUGCCAAUGUGAUGGUGCUGACCACCAGUAAUACUGAUACGGUGGAUCAUGUCGAGACAUCCAACUCGAAUGAAAGUGAUGAUUAUAAAGUUGUUACUGAAAAUAAUAGUCACUUUUUCAAUAUGAUACUAUCAACUAUAAGACCAUUCAUAGAAGAUGCAAGUCAUGAGAUUAUCAUAUCAGCUGCAGAAUCAGUGUUGGAGAUUCUUAAGGAAGAAGAUUCAAAUGUGACGACUAAGAAAGCAUCAAUUUCUGAUCUUCUUGGGGAGACUAUUGAUGAUAUUUCAAUGAAAGAUUUAAUCAAUUUCGCCGGCAAAAUCAUAGAUAAUGAAGAUGAAGGUCAAAAUAUAGAAGAUAAUGGAGAGACUAACGAUGUGAUAGCGGUGGAACUUGACGAUAAUGAUGAUGCUGAAGAAUUAUUAGCAGGAGAAGUACAGUCUGAAGAAGAAGAAGAAGAAAAUGUCGAGGAAGAUGGUGAUGAUCUUAAAUCAAAGGAUAUAAUCUUAUCUGGUAAAAUUGAUAAUGUCAAGUUACCUCAAAUUUAUGAAAUCACUGUUUCAUAUAUACAGAAAGAGAUUUCCAAAGCUUUACCCGAUCUUAAAAAGGAUGAUAUUGAAAAAUUAUGGGAUCAAUCAUUUGAAAUCUUACAACAAGAAGAUAUUGAUAUCAAACAAUUGGAAACAUCCUUAUUGGAAAUCUUUAAUCUUGAAAAUAAUUCAUUCAUAAAUUUAUGUAUUCAAGAUAGAUGGAAGAUUGUCUAUGGUAUAAAACUUCAACAGAAUAAUAAUAGAUCAGAAAUCAUUGAAGAGAUGAAACAGUUAAAAUUAGAUUAUUUAAUUAAAGAACUUGAUGAUAAUAGAGGAACCAAAAGAAAAAUAUCCGACAUAGAAGCAGAAACUACAAGAAUACCAAAAUUAAUCGAUAUUGAAGCUUCAACUUUUGUUCAAACUGCUCCCUUAAUGACAACUACUAAAAUCAAAUUACCGCAAGGUUCAUUCCAACAAAGUAAAAAGCUAUAUGAUAUAAUCACUGUUCCUGCCCCAUCCCCACCACCAGAAUCAAAUGGUGAUAAUGAAUUAAUCCCCAUUUCAACCCUUCCAGGAUGGGCAAGAGCUGUAUUUCCCUCAUCAGAAGCCACUAAUUUAAAUCGAGUUCAAUCUCAAGUAUUUCCUCGAGUAUUCAAUACUGAUAAUAAUAUCUUGUUAUGUGCUCCAACUGGGGCAGGUAAAACCAAUGUGGCUAUGUUGUCGAUAUUACGUGCCAUAUCUAAUCAUAGAAAUCCAGACACUGGUAAACUUAAUUUAAAGGAUUUUAAACUUGUAUAUAUAGCACCUUUAAAAGCUUUAGUUCAAGAACAAAUGAGAGAAUUUCUGAGAAGAUUGACUCCAGCAUUUGGGAUUGUUGUCAAUGAAUUGACGGGUGAUUCUAGUUUAUCCAAGAAACAAUUGGAAGAAACUCAAGUUAUAGUCACUACUCCUGAAAAAUGGGAUGUGGUUACUAGAAAAGCAUCUCAGAAUGCUAUUGUCAAGAAAACAAAAUUAAUAAUAAUUGAUGAAAUUCAUUUGUUACAUGAUGAUAGAGGUCCAGUAUUGGAAAGUAUUGUCAGUAGAACUAUAAGAAAUGUCGAUGCCAAUACUCGUUUAAUUGGUCUUUCGGCUACAUUACCGAAUUAUCAAGAUGUGGCCCAAUUCUUACAUGUUGAUAAAUCAAAUGAUUUAUUUUAUUUCGAUGCAUCUUAUAGACCAUGUCCUUUAGAACAAAAGUUUAUUGGAAUUAAAGAAAGAAAAGCUAUUAAAAGGUUAAGUGCCAUGAAUGAAGCAUGUAAAGAGAAGAUUGAAGAAUGUCUUAAAAACAAUCAUCAAGCUAUUAUUUUCGUUCAUUCUAGAAAGGAAACUUUUAAAACGGCAAAAUGGUUACAAGAACAACUUGGAGGUAUUAAUAAAAAUGAAGGUUCAAUAGAGAUAUUACAACAAGAAGCAAAUGAAUUCAAAGAUAAACAACUUAAAGAAAUUAUCCCUGGAGGAUUUGGAAUUCAUCAUGCGGGUCUUUUAAAGAAUGAAAGAAGUGUGGUGGAAGAUCUUUUCGCUCAAAGUCAUUUGAAAGUUCUUGUUUCAACCGCUACGUUGGCUUGGGGGGUUAAUCUACCAGCUCAUACCGUUAUUAUAAAAGGUACCGAAACUUACUCACCUGAAAAGGGAUCUUGGGUACAACUUUCUCCGCAAGAUAUUUUACAAAUGUUAGGAAGAGCUGGAAGACCAAGAUAUGAUAAAUCCGGUGAAGGGGUUAUAAUCACUACUCAAGAUGAAAUUCAAUAUUAUUUGGCAGUUUUAAAUCAACAAUUACCAAUUGAAUCACAAUUAAUGACAAGGCUAGCUGAUUCUGUUAAUGCUGAAAUUGUAUUAGGUACUAUUGAAAAUAGAGAAGAUGUCGUUCAAUGGUUGGGAUAUACUUACUUGUAUAUCCGUAUGUUAAGAUCACCUGCAUUAUAUCAUGUUGGAGUUGAUAUUGAAGAUGAUAAAUCAUUAUACUGGAAAAGACACGAUUUAGCUCAUUCUGCCUUGACUAUAUUACAACAAAAUAAACUUGUACAAUAUGAUGCUGAAUCAGGUAAUUUGGUUGGAACUGAACUUGGAAGGAUUGCUUCUCAUUUUUAUAUUAAUUAUAGGACAAUUAAUAUGUAUAAUACUCAGUUGAAACCUUGGCUCUCGGAGAUCGAAUUAAUUAAGAUAUUUUCCAAGUCGGGUGAAUUUGAAUAUGUGGCUACUAGACAAGAAGAAAGGUUAGAAAUUGCUAAAUUAAUGGAAAAGAGUCCAAUUCCAGUUAAAGAAAAACCUAAUGAAACAUCAGCCAAAAUCAAUUUAUUAUUACAAGCCUAUAUUUCAAGACUUACAUUAGAAGGUUAUGCUUUAAUGUCUGAUAUGGUUUAUAUUACUCAAUCAGCUGGACGUCUUUUAAGAGCAAUGCAUGAAAUAUCAUUACAAAAGAAUUGGUCAUCAUUAGCUAAGAUAACUUUGAACUUAUGUAAAAUGGUUGAAAAAAGGAUGUGGUUAACUAAUUCUCCUUUCAGACAAUUUGGAGAUUUGGCACCAAAAGAAAUAAUCAGAGCUACUGAAAGUUCACAUUUCCCAUGGAUGCAUUAUUUUAAUUUAAGUUCUGCUGAAUUAGCUGAAGCUUUGAACUUGAAAAGUAAUGCAGGAAGAGCCUAUGAAUUAUUAAAACAAUUCCCCAAACUUGAUCUCAGCUAUUACAUUCAAACAAUCACAUCUAGUUUGAUUCGUGUUCAAGUGCAGAUUGUUGCUGAUUGGAUUUGGCCCCAGCAGAAGAAUGUUGAAUCAUUCUUAGUGGUUGUUGAAGAUUGUAAUGGUGAUAAAGUAUUAUUCAGUGAUAGAUUUGUGGUUCUGAAACGAGAUGUGGAAAACACUUACUUGUUGGAAUUCACUCUUCCGAUUUUAUCUCCAGAACAGCCAGUAUAUUUCCUUAACUUCAUCAGUGAAUCAUGGUUACAUAGUGAAUGGAAGACACCUUUAAAUUUAUCAGACUUACAACUUCCAAAACCAUUUGCUGCACCAAGACGUUUAUUGGAUCCCCCAAAUAUAGUUUCUAAAUCUACCUUUAAUGACUCUGAAAUUGAAGAUUUAUUUGAUUUUAAAUUUUUUAACAAAUUCCAAUCUGAAUUGUUUCCUCACUUGUACAAUUCAAUUGAAAAUAUAUUUAUUGGUAUUGCUAAAGGAGGUGGUAAGACAGUAUGUGCUGAGUUAGCUUUAAUUAAUCAUUGGAAGAUGGGUAAUACAUCAAGGGCUGUAUAUCUUGAUCCUAAUCAAAAGAAACUUGAUCAAUUGUAUAAAGUUUGGUCAAAGAAGUUUUCCACGUUAGAAGAAAAGGAAGUUGGGAUUUUCAAUGGAACCUUGGUAAAUGAUCUUCUGGUCAUUGGUUCGUGCAAUGUCAUAUUGGCUACACCUGAACAAUUCAACUUUGUAUCCAAGAGAUGGAAACAGAGAAGAGCCGUUCAAGAUAUUGGUCUUUUAAUUUGUGAUGAUGUUCAUGAGGUUGGAAAUGGUUUGAAAGGUGCGGUAUAUGAAUCAGUCAUUGCUAGAAUGAGAUUUGUCAGUGCUCAACUUGAAAAGGAAUUAAGAAUAGUAGCACUUUCCACUCCAAUGGCUAAUAGUCGAGAUUUUGGAGAAUGGAUUGGAUGCUCUAAGUCUAACAUUUUUAACUUUUCUCCUCAAGAGAGGUUUUAUCAAAUUAAAGAGAUUAGAAUACAAGAAUUACCUGAUGAAAGUCUUACGUUUCCAAUACUUAAAUCUAUUCUGAAAGAAAAGUCCUUAGUGUUUUGUUCUAGUAGACUGGCAUGUUUAGAAGUUGCUUCUGAAGUUAUCAAUCAAGGCACACUUUCAGAACCAACCGAAGAUCUUGAAUCUUACCUUGGUAGAAUUCAUGAUGAAGUACUUAAGAACUUGAUUUCUCAUGGGAUUGGUAUUUUUUAUCCAGAUAUGCAUUAUGUUGAUGAAGUCAUUGUGAGAAGAUUAUUUGAACAUGAUGUUAUCUCCAUUUUAUUUGCAACUAAAGAUACUUCUCAUUUUGCUCCUGCCAGUAGUUCUGUUGUCAUAUUAGGAACUCAAGAGUAUGAUGGAAAAGAUCAUAGAUUCAUUGAUUACUCAGUUAACCAUAUCUUAGAAAUGGUUGGAUGCUGUAAGGACAAUUUAAGAGAUAAUGGAAAAGUUUCGAUAUUCACUAACAAUAAGUCGAAAAUUGACUUUUAUAGUAAGUUCUUGAAUGAAUGUCUUCCAGUUGAGAGUUAUUUAAAUGUAUCACUUCAUGAGUUCUUUGUUGAUGAAAUCGCUUCGGGAACUAUAACCAACAAACAAGAAUGUAUUGAUUGGUUUACCUUCACUUAUUUCUACAGAAGACUACAAUUAAAUCCUAGUUUCUAUGAUGUUAACGAUACAACCCAUCUUGGUAUUUCCGAACAUCUUUCAGAAUUGGUAGAGACUACAUUAAGUAAUCUUGAAAAGAUUGAAAUGAUAGAGGAUGAUGAAGAAAGUGGAGAUAUUUCUCCAUUGAAUGGUUCUAUGAUUGCAUCUCAUUAUGGUAUUAGACUUAACAGUAUGAAAUUAUUGAAACAAUUGGAUAAUAGGGCCAAAUUGAAAUUAAUUUUGGAAACUUUAACUUUAAGUGAAGAAUUUGAUGUUAUAAAUGUAAGACAGAAUGAAGAAGGUUUAUUGAAAAAGAUAUACAGUAGAGUUCCAUAUAAGGCAACUGAAGAGAAUUUUUCAUCCCCUUAUUUCAAAGCUUUCAUUCUUCUUCAAGCUCAUUUCUCGAGAAUACCUUUGUCUUUGGAGUUAGAGUCUGAUAAAAAGAAGGUAUUGCAAAUUGUUUUGAAUUUGGUUUAUGGUUGUAUUGAUACAUUAUCAAGUGAAGGUUAUUUGAAUGCACUUAGUGCCAUGACCAUUUCACAAAUGGUAAUUCAAAGUGUUUGGAAUAGAGAUAGUCCAUUGAAACAAAUUCCUCAAUUUAAUGAUGCUAUUUUAGCGAGAUGUAAAGAGCACGAAGUUGAAACAGUAUAUGAUAUUAUGUCCUUAGAGGAUGAGGAAAGAGAUGAAAUUUUCCAAUUGAAUGAAAGUCAACUUAAUCAAGUUGCAGAAUUUGUUAAUAAGUAUCCUAACAUCGAUAUUUCUUACGAGUUAGAUGUGGCUGAAACCAUAGUUGCAAAUGAACCAAAAGAUAUUAUAAUAAAAUUAGAAAGAGAUGAAGAAAUGGAUGAUUUGACUGUUGUGGCUCAUAAUUAUCCUUCUGAAGUCAGAGAAGGUUGGUGGAUUGUCAUUGGAGAUAUUCAAACUAAACAAUUAUACUCCAUUAAGAAGACCACCAUUAAGAAUGAAUCACAGGAAAUUAAACUUUCAUUUACAAUCCCCAACCCAGGUCAUCAUAAUUUGUCCAUCUGGUGUAUGUGUGAUUCAUACGUAGACGCUGAUAAAGAAAUCUCAUUUGAAAUUGAUGUAGUUUAG